CUUUACGGCACUGCCGGACAGUAUGUCUCAGGUACUGGCGGACCUGGGCUGGAAGGUGCUGGAGCGCCGAGCCCGAUCCCGGAGAUCAGCGCUAACACCUUAAUUUCACUGUGAUUGCCCCUAACCUCUACUAACCGGUCGCCCGGUCGGCUGUGACGUGGUUUCCGAUGCAUUCGAGCGCAAUGGCCGAGCUUGUUGAGAAGUUUGUGUCCCUGUCGCCCACUUACAUGAGGACAGGCUCUGUCUAUGAACCUCUGAAAAGCAUCGACCUCCCCAGGCUGGACAAUGAGACGCUGUGGGAUAAAUUGGAUCGUUACUACCGAAUCGUAAAGGUCACUGUGCUGAAUUUCCAAAGCCCGACAACCGGCCUUUUCCCCAUCAACACUGUGGGCGACUGCAAGAAUGCCAAGAUCCACGACAGCCUGUACUGCGCUGCCAGCGCCUGGGCCUUGGCUCUGGCUUACAGGCGCAUUGACGAUGACAAAGGGCGGACGCAUGAGCUGGAACAUUCUGCAAUCAAAUGCAUGAGAGGGAUACUGUACUGUUACAUGAGACAAGCUGAUAAGGUGGAGCAGUUUAAGCAAGAUCCAAGUCCACAGAAAUGUCUUCAUUCUAUUUUCCAUGUUGACACCGGUGAUGAAAUCCUGUCGUAUAAGGAGUAUAGCCAUAUCCAGAUAAAUGCGGUGUCUCUCUUCUUGCUGUAUUUGGUGGAAAUGAUAUCCUCCGGACUGCAGAUCAUUUACAAUACAGACGAGGUGUCGUUCAUCCAGAACUUGGUGUUUUGCGUUGAGAGAGCGUACCGCGUGCCAGACUUUGGGAUCUGGGAGAGAGGCAGCAAGUACAACAACGGCAGCACAGAAUUGCAUUCAAGCUCCCUCGGCUUGGCCAAGGCUGCCCUUGAAGCCAUCGAUGGAUUCAAUCUCUUCGGGAACCAGGGCUGCUCGUGGUCUGUUAUAUUUGUGGAUCUUGAUGCGCACAACCGGAACAGGCAGACUCUCUGCUCCCUGCUGCCAAGAGAGUCCCGAUCUCAUAACACGGAUGCUGCACUCUUGACAUGUAUAAGUUACCCGGCCUUUGCAGUGGAUGACGAUACUUUGUUUAAUCAAACCAUGGAUAAGAUUGUCCGUAAACUGAAAGGGAAAUACGGCUUCAAACGUUUCCUUCGGGACGGAUAUAGGACAGCUCUGGAAGAUGAGAACAGGCGAUACUACAAACCGGCUGAAAUAAAGCUCUUCGACGGGAUAGAAUGCGAAUUCCCUCUGUUUUUCAUCUACAUGAUCAUUGAUGGGGUUUUCAGAGGAAAUGCUGAACAGGUGAAAGAAUAUGAGGCUCUGUUGGACCCGGUACUUUUUCAAGCAUUUGACGGUUGUCCUGUGGUCCCAGAGUAUUACCACGUUCCAGCAGAUUUUGUGGAACCUGAGAAGCUUAACCCAAACAGCCAGAAAAGAUUCCCUAGUAACUGUGGUCGGGAUGGCAAGCUCUUCCUUUGGGGUCAAGCACUGUACAUCAUCGCCAAGUUGUUGGUGGAGGAGCUUGUAAGUCCAAAGGACAUCGAUCCCUUGCAUCGUUUUGUUCCUCGCCAGGACCAGAGAAAUAUCAGUAUGCGAUACUCUAAUCAGGGUUCCCUUGAUAACGACACAGUGAUACAUGUGGCCUUGAUUGCAGAGAGCCAGAGACUGCAGGUCUUCCUGAACACAUACGGUAUUCAGACACAGACGCCGCAGCAAGUGGAACCUAUCCAGAUCUGGCCACAGCAGGAGCUGGUAAAGGCCUAUCUCCACCUGGGUGUGAAUGAGAAGUUGGGAUUAUCUGGAAGACCUAACAGACCCAUUGGCUGCCUAGGAACAUCAAAGAUUUAUCGUAUUCUCGGGAAGACGGUGGUGUGUUACCCUAUUGUGUUUGAUCUGAGCGAUUUCUACAUGUCCCAAGAUGUCAUGUUACUGAUUGAUGACAUUCAGAACGCUCUACAGUUUAUCCGGCAGUAUUGGAAGAUGAAAGGACGUCCCUUGUUUCUGGUGCUGAUCCGUGAGGACAACAUCAGGGGGAGCCGAUUUAACCCCAUCCUGGACAUGCUUGCCUCUUUUAAGAAUGGGAAUGUGGCAGGCGUCAAGGUCCAUGUGGACAGACUGCAGACUCUUAUAUCUGGAGCCAUGGUCGAGCAGCUGGACUUUCUGAGAAUCAAUGAAACAGAAGAGAUGCCGGAGUUCAAAAGCUUUGAAGAGCUUGAAGUGCCUAAACAUUCGAAGGUGAACAGACAGUCCAGCAUACCGAGCGCUGACAUGGAAAAACAGCCAGAGAUCAGCGUCGCAGAAUGGAAACACCGGCCCACCUAUGAGAUCCUGCAGAAGCUCAGUGACUGCACCUGUUUGGCUUCCCAGGCCAUCCUACUCAGCAUCCUGAUAAAACGGGAAGGGCCGCAUUUCAUUACAAAAGAUGGUACCAUCUCAGACUUCAUGGAGCGGAUCUACAGGAAGGCCGGGACCAAUAAACUUUGGUCUGUUGUGCGCCUCGCUGCCAGUCUGUUAGGUAAAAUAGUGGACAGCCUUGCCCCAUCUAUAACUAACGCUUUAGUUCAGGGCAAGCAGGUGACUCUAGGGGUAUUUGGUCACGAGGAAGCCGUCAUCUCUAACCCGCUGUCCCCCGGGGUAAUAAAGGACAUUAUUUACAGCAAGUCCAGUCCGUACGAUGAGCGAGAGGCUGUCCUGCAGCAAGAACUGGUCAUCCAUAUUGGCUGGAUUAUCUCCAACACUCCAGAGCUGUUUAGCGGCAUGUUGAAGAUCCGUGUCGGCUGGAUCAUUCACGCCAUGAGGUACGAGCUCCAGAUCCGUAGCGGGGAUCAACUAGAGAAGGACAUCUACCAGCUGUCUCCAAGUGAAAUCAAGCAGCUGCUCCUUUGUAUUUUGAAGCCACAGCAGUCUGGAAGGUGUUGGCUGAACCGCCGGCAGAUAGACGGCUCUCUGAACAGGAAUCCGUCUGGCUUUUAUGACCGAGUGUGGCAGAUCCUGGAGAGGACACCCAGCGGGAUUAUAGUGUCCGGCAAGUUCUUGCCCCAGCAACCCACCUUGUCGGACAUGACCAUGUACGAGAUGAACUUUUCUCUGCUGGUGGAGGACAUGCUGCAGAACAUCGCUCAGCCGGAGUAUCGCCAGAUCAUCGUGGAGCUGUUAAUGAUCGUUUCAGUCAUCCUGGAGAGAAACCCGGAAUUUGAGUUUCAAGAGAAAGUCGAUUUGGACAAACUGGUGAAAGAGGCAUUUAAUGAUUUUCAGCGAGACCAGAGCCGGCUUCAGGGAGCGGAGAAACAGGACGACAUGUCUGCCUUCUACAACACCCCCCCUCUGGGCAAGCGAGGGACCUGCAGCUACCUGGCAAAAGCCGUGAUGAGCGCGCUGCUGGAAGCCGAGGUCAAGCAGAGCAAUGAAGACCCGUGCAGCAUCAGCUAAAAGUGCCAGCGGGUGCCGUAUUUACACCUCGCCCCGGUCUACGGUGUUCAGGGCUUAGUGAAGUGUGCCAGCCCGUGCUUUAUACUCAAGACAAGUGGCUGGCAGAGACCAUGCCAUGUGUCAGGAGGUGUUAUGCUGCGUUAGUAGAGAAUGUGUGUUGACAUGGCUUUAGAGAAAAGGCCGCGCAGGCUUCAGCGGGAUGUGUCGGCUCAGAGAUCUUCCCGGGGCGGGCACAUCAG